UUGUUGGUGAUGGGGGGGUGACUGGUGUUCCCGUUGCUGGUAUGUCUGUGCUUGAUGCUCCUGUUGUUUCUGUAGUGAAUCCUGCUGAAACCUCUCAAGCUCCGGUAUGCCACACUAGGAUGUCAACACUCAAAGGUGGUGAGCAGUUGCAGGGAGACUCGGGGACGAGUGCGGGGAUGUUUGAUGCGAGGGAAGGAGUUGCGUCUGAGGGUGAUGUGGCUGUGUUGGGCCGUGCCGAACAAAUGGAUGUUGACGUGUUCCCCCACCGCGCUGACCACUUUCCCGAACCCAUUUUGAGUUUGACUGCCAAGCAACAAUGGAACACCCUCCCCAGGGAGUUGGGACCCGGGACCACUGCCGCUUGGCCGCCCGCUGCCACCGCUGCGCCUUGGCCUGCCGUCACCGCUGCCGCGGGGGGUACUAUCACCGCUUCGCCGACCGCUGCUGACGCUGCACCGUGGCGACCCGCCACCGCCGACGCCACUUCAUCGUCGCCGUCGCACACCGCUGGUGGCGCACCGUGGACUGCAGCCGCCGCCGCCGCCGCCGCACCGUCGCCGCUGCCGCCAAACCCCAGGGCCGGCGUGCCGUCUGCACCCUCGCCGGGUGCCGCCGCGCUGCCGGACCCGCGGAUGACCGCGACGAGGACAACCGCCGCUCCGCUGCCCGCCGCCGUCAUCGCCGCCGCGCCGUUGCUGUCGCCGCCGACCUCCGAGGCCGAUGGACCGCUUGCGCCUUCGCCAGGUGCCGCCGCGCUGCCGGGCCCGAGGACGCCCGCGGCGAGGAGUGCCGCCGCUGCCACUUCGUCGUCACAGCAGCAUUCCGCCGCAGAAGGGGGCGGUGAGUUGAGGGGCGGCGAGCUGGGGGGUGGCGAGAUGGAGGGCGAUGGAGAACAGCAUGUUUGGGAGGGGUGA